AUGAAGCAAGAAUCGGCACAGAAAUUUUCCCCAAACAGCGACUAUCGCCAAACACUAGCCCGUCUAAAGGCAGAAUUCGAGCGACGGUACAAUGAUCAGAAACAGGCCUCAAUCGCCUCGCUUGCAGAAUUCGAACUUAUACGCACACUCGGUUCCGGUGCGUUCGGUACUGUGAAACUUAUCAAACGAAAAUCGACCGGAGAUUACUUCGCCAUGAAGAUACUGUCGAAGGAAAGGAUCGUCUACCAAAAGCAACUACAGCACACAAACAAUGAGAAACGGAUCCUGCAAGCGAUUCGAUUCCCGUUCGUUGUAAAUCUCGAAACGUGCUACAAGGACAAUUCCUACAUCUAUCUCGUAAUGCCAUUUGUAAAUGGUGGCGAAAUGUUUACCCUCCUAAGGCGGUCGCGUAGAUUUUCCGAACCGCAGGCAACGUUCUACGGUGCACAGGUGGCCCUGGCAUUGGAGUAUUUGCACGCCUGCAAUCUUAUUUACCGGGAUUUGAAACCGGAAAACCUGCUCAUCGAUUAUCGUGGAUACGUGAAAGUGACCGAUUUUGGGUUUUGCAAGGUGAUCAAAGACAGAACGUGGACACUGUGUGGUACUCCGGAAUAUCUAGCACCCGAAAUCAUUCAAUCGAAAGGAUACGGCAAAAGCGUCGACUGGUGGUCGUAUGGUGUGUUGCUGUACGAGAUGAGUGCCGGUUAUUCUCCCUUCUACAUCAACAGUGCUGAUCAGAUGGCUUUGUUCGAGCGAAUCUGCAAAGGCAAGUUUAAGUUCCCAAAGAACUUCUCGUCCGAUUUGUGCGAUCUUGUGCAUCAUCUGCUGCAGACGGACCUCUCACGGCGGUACGGCAAUCUGAGGAACGGGGUCGAAGACAUUAAACAGCACGCAUGGUUCAAGUCAACCAAGUGGUAUGCCAUAUUGAACCGCGAGCUAUCUGCUCCUUACGUUCCAAAGCUGGAAGGACCAGGCGAUGCUUCCCUGUUCGAUGUAUAUGAUGAGCAUAACCUGAAGAUAGCCUCGAAGUGCCAGUAUGCGAAAGAAUUUGCCGAAUUUUAA